UAUUACAAUUCCCACUGUAUGAAAAUCGACGAUGAACAACAACUUGUCGAACUGGAAGGGAUUAUCAGAACGAGUGGUUGUAGAGAGGUGGUCGUCGAGCAGUACGUGGAAACUAAAUACGACGUGCAUUUGCAGAAAAUAGGAAAUGAGUGCAAAGCGUUCAUACGAAAAAGCAUAAGAAACAAUUGGAAGAGCAAUGCGGGAUCAGCGAUGCUCGAACAAAUCACCUUAACCAGCAGACAUAAGCAGUGGUUAAAUAUUAUAUCAGAAGCAUUUGGUGGCUUAGAAAUGUUCGGCGUGGACAUAUUAGUUUCGAAAGAUGGUCGAGAAUUUAUAAAUGAUGUGAAUGACACGUUGACGUUGCUUGGUGAAUCACAAGAUGAUGAUCGAAGGACCAUUGCUGAUUUGAUACAAACGCAUAUCAUUGACACGUUAAGAACUGACAGAAGAAGUGUUGCAAAUGGAGUUGAAAAUAUGCAGUAUAUGGUGCGCGAUAAAACGACAGGACAACCAUCACAAACCGUUCAAAAUGCAUCGUCAAAUAAACCAACUCGACAGCCUAGUCUUAAAGACAAUGAACCACCUUAUCAAGACGAUACAAUGGGUCAACUAAAGCGAACAUUCGCGGGGAUUUUCGGCGACGUAUAA